GAAUUUUUGAUCAAAAUCCUACACAAUUUUGAAUACCUGUAUCCUCCUCUGCUCUAAAGAGAGCAGUCCCAGAUUUUCUGGUGUUUCCACCUAAUUGAAAUCCCUAAUCCCAGGUAUCAUUCUGGUAGAUUUCCUCUGUAAUUUCUCCAAGGCCUUGUCAUCCUGACAAAGUAUGGAAUCAGCCACUUUCUCGAAUUGGACAUACUAUUUUUAAUAUGCAAUUAGUUCAGUUUCUCUGGAAAGUAAUUUGGUAAGAAUGUCCCAAAUAUUUAAUUUUUGAGCAUGUUUAUUUUCGGCAAUGGUGGCUAGGAAGUGAUGAGGGGGACAAUGCAAUUACAGCAAGCUAAGUUUAAAUGUGACAAAAAAGGAAGUGCAAUUUUUAUUUGUAAUUAUGUUUUAAAAUAUUUCAGAGACAAAGCAUUGCUGAAGGAGAAAAGAAGAAGAAAGGAACAGUUAUUCAAAGAACAGAAGAAACGCAAGUUGCUUCCAGAUAAUAUUCUUGAAGCGAUCACUUCAGUCUCAGAUAAGAAUGACCAGACACCUGACUCGAGUAAAGAAGGUGAAGGCUGUGAUUCUAAGAAGCACCCUGAGGAGGAUAGUGGAUUGGAGGAAGAUGUUGAGGAGUGCUUGGAUACCAGAUUGGUUUGAGAUUCACCACACCUGGUACCAGUUACAUAACAUGCCAAAUGGGACUAUUGAUACCAAUUACCGAGCUACUCAAGAUUGGGCAUCCAUGAGGUGCUGUGAACCAUCAACAGCAGGACAAAUGUACUCCACAAUCUGAAACCUCAUGGCCUGGCAUAUCCCCACUCAACUAUUACAAUCAGGCCAAGAGAUCAGCCCUGGUUCAAUGGAGAGUGCAGGAGGGCAUGCCAGGAGUAGCACCAGGCGUACCUGAAAAUGAGAUGUCAACCUUGUGAAGCUACCAAAUAGGACCACUUGUAUGCCAAACAGUGUAAGCAACAAGUAAUAGACAAAACUAAGUGAUCCCACAAUCAAUGACUCACAUCUAAACUCUGUAGUCCUGAAUGGUGGUGGACAAUUAAACAAAUCACUGGAGGAAGAAGCUCCACAAAUAUUCCCAUCCUCAAUAAUGGAAGAGCCCAACACAUAAGUGCAAAAGUUAAGGCUGAAGCUUUCGCAGCAAUCUUCAGCUGGUAGUGCAAAAGGGAUGAUCCAUCUAAACCUCCUUAGUGGUCACCAGCAUUACAGAUACCAGUCUUUAGCCAAUUUGAUUCACCUGCAUGAUACCAAGAAAUGGUUCAUGGCACUGGAUACUACAAAAGCUAUGGGCCCUGAAACAGUUUGGCAAUAGUACUGAAGACUUGGGCUCUAGAACCUGCUGCUUCCAUAGUCCAGCUGUUCCAAUAUAGUUGCAACAUUGGCAUCUAACUGACAAUGUGGAAAAAUUGGCCAGGCAUGACCUGAGCACACAAAGCAGGACAAAUCCAACCCAGCCAGUUACUGUCCCAUCAGUCUACUCUCGAUCAUCAAUAAAGUGAUGAAGGUGUCAUCAACAGCGCUAUCAGGCGGCACCCGCUUGUUGAUGCCCAGUUUGGGUUCCACUAGGGCCACUCAGCUCCUGACCUCAUUACAGCCUUGAUUCAAAUGUGGACAAUAGAGCUGAAUUCCAGAGAUUAAGUGAGAGUGACAGCUCUUGAGAUCAAAGCCACAUUGGACCAAGUGUAGCAUCGAGGUGUCUGAGGAAAAACUGGAAUCAGUGGGUACCAGGGCAAACUCUCCGUUGAUUGGAGUCGUACCUGGUACAUAGGAAGAUGAUUUUGGAAGUCAGUCAAUUCAGCUUCAGAAUAUCUCUGCAAGAGUUCCUCAAGGUAGUGACCUAGGCCCAACCACCUUUAGCUGCUUCAACAAUCACCUUUCCUCCAUCAGUAGGUCAGAAGAGGGGAUGUUCGCUAAUGAUUGCACAAUGUUCAGCACCACUUGUGACUCCUCAUAUACUGAAGCAAUCCAUAUUCAAAUGCGACAAGAUCUGGAAAAUGUCCAGGCUUGGGUGGACAAGUGGCAAGUAACAUUCGCGUUACACAGAUGGCAGGCAAUGACUGUCUCCAAUAAGAGACAAUCUGAUCACUGCCCCUUGAUAUUCAAUGAUGUUACCAUCACUGAAAUUCCCCACAAUCAACAUUCUUGGAGUUACCAUUGACCAGAAACUCAACUGGACCUAUCACAUGAACACAGUGGCUACAAGAGCAGGUCAGAAGCUAGGAAUACUGCAGCAAGUAAUUCACCUACUGACUCCCCAAAGCCUAUCCACCAUCUACAAGGCACAAGUCAGGAGUGUGAUGGAAUGCCUGGCUGAGUGCAGCUCCAACAGCACUCAAGAAGCUUGACAUCAUCCAGGACAAAGCAGCCCAUUUGGUUAGCACCACAUCCACAAGCAUCCAUUCCCUCCACCAUUGAUGCUCAGUAGCAGCAUUGUGUACUAUCUACUUGAUGCAAUGCAGAAAUUUACCAUAGAUCCUUAGACAGCACCUUCCAAAUCCAUGACCACUUCCAUCUAGAAGGACAGGGGCAGAGGAACACCACCACCUGCAUGUUUGCCUCCAAGUUACUCAUCAUCCUGACUUGGAAAUAUAUCACCAUUCUUUCACAUUGCUGGGUCAAAAUCAUGGAAUUCCUCUCUAAGGGCAGUUUGGAUCAACCUACAGCAUGCAGACUGCAGAAGUUCAAGAAGGCAGCUCACUAUCACCUUCUCAAGGGAAACCAGAGAUGGGCAAUAGAAUGCUGGCCUGUCAGCAAUAUAUAUGUUGCACGAAUGAAUCUAGAAAAAAGAUUCUAUUUGUCCCCCUAGUUACUGAAUCCUUACAACUAUCAUUUGGACUUCUUCUACUCCUCCUUGCUUUGGAUAGUGUCCUGCUGCAAGGUGACUUGGGUUGCAUUCAUGCUGAUCCUCAUGGCUAUCUGUACAUUGUACCUGUUACAUAGGAUGACUUCCUAUGGACUCUUGAGCUCUAUCUCCUAGAUUUUCACUAUGCCAUCAGUCACAUCAAGCCCCAUUCUGAUACUACAUCUCUGUGAGAUGACUGAGGUCUGGAGCAAAUUUGCCAGAUUUUUGUGUUCUUGCAUGCGAUGUGGAUGUUGCUGACUACUCCCACAUAUACUGUCCAUCCCUAAUUGCCCUUGAAGGGGUGGUGCGACACAUUGUUGAAUCAUUGCAGUCAAUGCAGCAAAGGUGCAACUACAAAAUUGUUAGGAAGGGAGUUCCUCUCUCAUUUGUCAUUGUGUCUGAUUCAAAGACUCAGCUGAAGAGAUUCUAAACAGACACGUAACUGCAGAAGUGUUCAGUCAAUGCAGUCUGUCUUUUCAUAAAUCCUGCAGUCCAGACUUUGCCUUAUUGUAAUCCAGAUUGUGAUAUAAUUUAUACUUUUUAUUAGUUGUUUACUAUACAUUACUUAGUUAAUGUUGAUAGUGAAGCUGAUUUGGUUUGGCUUACUAUACCUGUAUGAUGAUAUAAUUGGCAGCUCAACACCAGGAUUUGGGAACAUGGACAAUGCAAGUCUGGUAUUGGAUUUUGCUACGCCUUGGUGCCUGUGACACUAAGUUUGUGUACAGACUUAAGAUGGCACUAGAACUUAUUAAAGAUUUUUUGUAAGUGUCA